AUGUCAGCCAGGACUUUGAACUUACUUGCAGACUCCCAGGAGGCUGUAUCUCCAGUUCUUGGGAAGCUUCGUGAGGGAUCUGAAGGCUUUGUGCCGUCAAUUCCGUCGCCUCCUCCAGGCCUUGAGUUCCAGACGUGCUCCGAACUAGCGGAGGGAGCCGAGUCGAGCUCUGCAAGCACCUACUUUGACGGUUUCGACGAUUCCGAGCUUGCCUCGCUCCCCACAGACGGGAGAUUAUGGUGUCAAACUCAGUUCGACGCCAUCGAGUGUGAUGCAGCUGUGGGAGGCCUGCAGCAUAUGAUCCUCGCCACUACUCCCAUCAGUCCGUCUUACAUGGACUGGUCGUUAUCUUCCGGAGUGGGUCCAUGGCCUGGAGCCAUGGCUCCCCAUGACGUGUGUUAUGGCUUCGAUGACACCACCGGCUUUGCAAUGCCAGAAGUGCAGAUGCAAGUCCCGGAGCAGCCUACGCCACCGCUGCCUACGCCAUCGCUGCCGGCCAUGACGGGUUCAAUGGCGCACGAGGAUGGCACUUGUAAGCCGUGCGCUUUCGUGUACACGAAAGGUUGCCAGAGUGGCAUGCAAUGUGCGUUUUGUCACCUUUGUCCCCCGGGUGAGAAGGAUCGUCGAAAGAAGGUGAAGCACAUCAUGGCAAGGAUCAGACGCAAGGGCAAACCUGGUGCCGGACAGUAG